UUUUUUUUAAUAACAGUUUACAGAAGAAAAGCUUGGCCAGGCAGAGAAGACAGAAUUGGAUGCUCACUUAGAGAACCUCCUUAGCAAAGCUGAAUGUACCAAAAUAUGGACAGAAAAAAUAAUGAAGCAAACUGAAGUGUUACUGCAGCCAAAUCCAAAUGCCAGGAUAGAAGAAUUUGUUUAUGAGAAGCUGGAUAGAAAAGCUCCAAGUCGCGUAAACAACCCAGAACUUUUGGGACAAUACAUGAUUGAUGCAGGGACUGAGUUUGGUCCAGGAACAGCUUAUGGUAGUGCCCUUAUUAAAUGUGGAGAAACACAGAAACGAAUUGGAUCAGCAGACAGAGAGCUUAUUCAAACAUCAGCCUUAAAUUUUCUUACUCCUUUAAGAAACUUUAUAGAAGGAGAUUACAAAACAAUUGCAAAAGAAAGGAAACUAUUGCAAAAUAAGAGACUGGAUUUGGAUGCUGCAAAAACCAGACUAAAAAAGGCAAAAGCUGCAGAAACUAGAAAUUCACAACUAAACUCAGCACGCCUUGAAGGAGAUAACAUUAUGGUAAAUUUCUCUUACAUGCUCAACUUCCUGCAUGUAAAAUGGCUGAAGAUUUGGGCAGAGGAAGUGACAAAAUCUGAACAGGAAUUAAGAAUAACUCAAAGUGAAUUUGAUCGUCAAGCAGAGAUUACCAGACUUCUGCUAGAGGGAAUCAGCAGUACACACGCACAUCACCUUCGCUGUCUGAAUGACUUUGUAGAAGCCCAGAUGACUUACUAUGCACAGUGUUACCAGUACAUGUUAGAUCUCCAGAAACAACUGGGAAGUUUUCCAUCCAAUUAUCUGUGUAACAACAAUCAGACUUCUGUGACACCUGUACCAUCUGUUUUACCAAAUGUGGUCGGCUCUUCUGCCAUGGCUUCAACAAGUGGCCUCGUAAUGUCCUCUCCUCCCAACCUCAAUGACCUAAAAGAGUGUAGUGGCAGCAGGAAGGCCAGAGUUCUCUACGAUUAUGAUGCUGCAAACAGUACUGAAUUAUCACUUCUGGCAGAUGAGGUGAUCACUGUGUUUAGUGUCGUCGGAAUGGAUUCAGACUGGCUAAUGGGGGAAAGAGGAAGCCAGAAGGGCAAGGUGCCGAUUACAUACUUAGAGCUGCUCAAUUGAAUCGAUGGACUGUGGAAAGAUCCCCAUCACGACACCAUAUUUAUGUACAAUUAACUCUAAACAAAACAGGUUUCAGUAUCUUCCAUGUUAAUGUCUUAAGAGACUGAAGAUUAAAUACCAGCCAUCAGAAACUGGCUUUUCUGCCAAUAAAGUUGCAUGGUAAAUAUUUCAUUACAGAAUUUAUGUUAGAGCUUUCAUGCCAAGAAUGUUUUCUUAGAAAAUUCUCUUUUUACUGAGGUUUCACUAAUAAGCAGCUUCUACUUUUGAGCCCCAACUUAAAGCAGAACUGUUUUCUACUGAAUUUUUCACUAACAGCAAGCUUUUUCUUUAUGUAAAAUAAAUUUAUUGUGAAUUGAUAUCAGUGACUCAUUUAUUA